AUGCACCAACAUCCUCGCCCACCUCCGGUGACUGCGUCCCCCGCAAACUCGGAGCAGACGAAUCCCACACGUACCAAUAACCCCAGAGAUCGAGACCUCCAAGCUCUAAGGACAUAUUCCCCUCUGACCCAAGGGUCUGGUUCCUCGGAGGACUUUGCAAGUGCUCGACAAGAUCAACCUGCGGACAACCCCGGCGUGCAGAUGCAGCGGCUGAACCAGGUCAUCCAGAACUUCCACACCAAGGCAGCUCUAAUCAUUCUUCAAUCUCGAGUCGACUUGGCUCCUGCAUACUCGCAAAAGACAGACACAAAACGGGUGAAUCGGUGGUUCAAUCUUGACAUCGACGAGACCGACGAGUACAAGGACGAGAUCAGGAGAUGGAAGACAUGUGAUGCAGAAGGCAAUCGACCUCCGCCCUUGGUGAUCGAGAUCUUUCUCACCACCGAUCCUUUACCCCAGGGUCAACGGCUGGUGAUUCUGGACGAAGACGGGAAGAGAUGGGAUGUCAUGAAUACACUGUCCUCGGCGCAUCGUGCUUCCCGUGGGAAUCAGCGACGGACAACAGAUGCCAACGAGGUGAUUCUGGAGAGGUGGACGAUUCAACUGGGUGAUCCCACGGUCCCUGUGCCUCCUGAACUGGCCACGCUCCUGCCUUUGGUCUACAAAAAGAGCAUCGUCUUCUUCCGUUCUCUCUACACCUAUAGCAAUUUCCUGCCGGCCUGGAGAUUGUCGAGAAAGGUCGGUAAGGUCCGGUCGACCAUGGCAAUGAAGCUGGGCUAUCGGUUGGUUGACGGAUCCCAAAAGAGUGGGUUGUCGCGGUCCGAUAACCUCCAUCUCCGUCUUUUCGAUAGCAAUUCGGACGUUCUAUCAUCGUACGACUUCGGCUUGACAGAGUCUCCGGCUGGGUCUUUCUCCGUCAAGGUCGACUAUCGACAAAACUGUGACUUUCGGAUAGACGAUUCCGAAGAGCUACUGAGUUCAAGGUUUCUCGGAGCCGACGACGACCUUUUCCGACCAUCUCUAUCUGGCGAGAAAGAUUCACGAACAGAAGUCGGCUCUCUGCCUGCUGACCGGCGGCAGAAUCUGUUGGAGUCGCCGGAGCUUGGCCUCGCCUAUGGCAGUUUGUCCACCUUCCACAGAACAGGCAUUGCGCCCGGCACAAGCCCGAUCUCGGCCUUACGCAAUGCGCAAGACUUUAAUGGCAGCUCUCCUCCGACUCCUGAACUGGCCAGACCGUCGUUGCAUACCCAUGCCACGGCAACGCAGAGUUCACGAAAUUCACUCCGAGCGGCGGCCGCCACUCGACGGAGCUCAUUUUCCAUGCAGCCGUUCAAAACACCGACACUAUCAGCCUCGCCUCUCGGUGUUUCUCCCUUGGCCAGUUCACCACGAACGCAUUCGGCGAGGAUACCCACCUUGGGAUCCUUGACGGAGGAAGGAGUCGCUCCCCCAGCUGGACCAAUCCUGGCCGGACGGAGAGCGGGAUCCUUGACUUCAGACACUGUUGCCGCUUCGUCGACGUCCAGCUCACCCAAGCCGGCUCCUGUCACGAGAUAUAGUAGUAGUUUCAGCCACCGCCGGGCCAGAUUGUCGUCUGGGGGGACAACUGUCCGCACGGACGACGACCAAACCAGUAGCGGCAGAGGCAGCGCCACGUCUUCCGUUCAACCAGGAUCAGGGUUGAUGACCGAACCAGCCACUGGCGGAGGCAGUUCGGGAUCGGUGGCGGAGGACGACGGAGAGAAUAUCUCGGAAUUCUUGAAGAUGAUUGAACUCCAGAAAGAUCUUCUUUCAUCUCCGUCUUCCACCGCCGCUCAAGCGUCUACCAGAAGAACGGCGGCGGCGUUACACCGAUUCCACCGGAUGCGAGACUCCAAUGCUGCAUUGUCCGAUUCCAUGUCUUCGUCUUUGAUGCUACAGAGGUCUUCGGCUUCUUCCAGCCGACAAUUGUCAGGGGUACCUCAGAUGGUGGCGGGGACAUCCCUCUCUACUUCAUCAUCUCCCGGAAAACCGAUUUCUCCUCAUACGCCGCAUACUCCUUUUGCUCCAUCUCGGCUCAGUGCCGCUUACAGUCAUGAUGACACGGACACACCGCAUCGUCUGGCUGCUGAAGAACCUUCUUCGCCUUCCGAAGCCCCCACCGAGGAGACGGCCCAGGCUCAAUCCACUGCCAACGUUCCCGCCAUUGAUAUCCCCAACUCACCAAGACCAUUCAUCUCCGGCUACCAACGUUCCAGUUCGGUUCAGCGCCGACCUUUGAAUCCGGACGACGAUGUCGCAGGCUUUUAUGGUAUGCGAAGUGCCAGUAUGGGAGCCGACCGGCGUCGUCACCGUCGCGAAUCCGCCCGCGCAGACGACGAGGAAGACACGGACAACUCUGGCAAAGUAGCUUCCCGUCGGACGGUCGAUAGUCCCCGUCGCACCUCUCAAGCUCAUCGGCAGUCUUCACUUGCCACGGCGGCGCUGGCUUCCGACGGAGCCGGUUCCGAAUCUGCUUCGGGUCGAUCGUCCACCAUACCCUAUCGAACUGGGUUCUCGUCACAGCAGCCUGGCGGAGGGGCCGGGGCAAGACGUAUUGCACAUCGACAUGCCGAAUCGUCUUCCAGCUAUAGCGGGACCGGAGGCAGCAUGGGCCACGUCGAUAGCAGUAAUGUGGUUGGCGGUGCUGGUGGUGGUACUGGGUCAUGGGCCCGAGGGGGAGGUGGAAGUGGAGGUGGAGGGGGUGGAGGAGGAGGCAGACAGAGCGGAAGUCGGCCGGAGAAUCGACUGGAUGAGGACGACUUCUUGCCGUUUGCCAUGGAAAGAAGUGACUUUAAUAUGCCUGGCAAACCGGGCGAUGUGGGUGGAGGGGGAGGCGGUGGUCAAUAA